AUGGUCAGGGCGGCGGAGAGGGGCGGCGGGGAGGAAGGGGGGACGAAGAAGCUGACGCAGGGGCGCAAGAAGAUCCCGAUGGAGCGCAUCGAGGACGCCAACCGGCUGCAGGUCUGCUUCUCCAAGCGCCGCAAGGGCCUCGUCAAGAAGGCCUUCGAGCUCUCCGUGCUCUGCGGCGCGCAGGUGGCGCUCAUCGUCUUCUCCCCCGCCGGCAAGCCCUACACCUACGGCCACACCUCCGUCGACGCCGUCCUCGACCGCUUCCUCCUCUCGUCCUCCGGCGACGCGGAGGCGGAGGCGGCGAGCCAGCAGACGGAUCUGAGCGAGCUCCUCCGCCAGGAGGAGGAGCUGAUCAAGGCCCGGGACGCGGAGGCGCGCAGGGGCAAGGAGCUUCAGGCGGAGGUGCGCGCGGCCGGCGUCUGGAUCGACGGCGACAUGCGGCGCUGGGAGCUGCCGGAGCUCGAGGCCGCGCUCGCCGCGCUCGAGAGGGUCCAAGCGGAGGCCGGGAUGCGCGCGCACGAGAUCUUCGCCCAGGACGCCAUGAUGCAGCAGUGCACGGCCGGCCCCGGCGACCUCCUCGGCUACCUCGGCCCCGGCUCGUCGUACACGGGGGACCCGUCCGCCGGCGGUCAUAAGGAGGUGGCCAUGGGCACCACGAUGAAGCUGACGGGCGGCGGCUACAGCAAUAACCUCUUCGACUACCAUGGCUCCGGCACCUUCCCCGCCGACGGCACCCGCAGCCAAGAGGUGGCCAUGGACGCGACGACGAUGAGGCUCGGCAGCGACGCCAGCAGCCUCUUCCACUACCUCGGCGGCUCCGGCCCGUUCACUGGUGACGGCGCUGGCGGCGGCGGCAAUGACGUCUCCGUAGACCCGACGAUGACGUUGAUGGGCGGUAACGUCAGCUAUACGCUUACACCCAUGAUGCCGCCGCCGCCGCCACCUCUAUCUCUUCCUUUCAACCAUGGCUACGGCUACAGUAACCUUGGCGCGGGCUAUGGCUACAAUAACCUUAGCGCUGGCUAUGGCUACAACCAAACCGAUCAUGGCGUUGGUCAUGGCCAUGGCGCCUUCUACGAAAUGGAAGGGGUUUAUGGGACAACGUGCAACUUCUUUGCAUAGAUUACUGAGGACGUUCAAUGAUUUAAUCAAGUUUAUGUCGAAAUGUUAAUUAGAGUUAGUGUUUCACUUGAUGGUGAAUAAUAAUUUGAUUGAGCCUUAGGUCUA